GGAAUUUCAACACUCGAUCUCUCUCAUAAUAAUUUGUCAGGCCAAAUUCCUCAAUUUCUUGGAACGGUUGAUCUUAUUAGAAUAUGUAAACCUGUCUUUUAAUGGUUUUGAGGGUGAAGUACCGAUGAUUCAGUGUUUGCCAAUGCAAGUGCAUUCUCUGUUUUGGGAAACAAUAGGCUUUGUGGUGGCUUGGCUAAACUUGGGUUACCCAACUGCAAGGAGACACGGAAACAUGAGAAAAGGGUUCCUAUCUUCAUAAUAGUCAUUCUGAUUGCAUCCACACUUUUUACUGUAUUGUGUUUAGUGUAUGCUUGGUGUAAGAAAAAAAAAAGGCCAACCUUCUCGAGGGACGAACGAUUCUUGAAAGUAUCAUAUAGUCAACUUCUCAAGGCUACCAAUGGAUUCUCCAAAGACAAUUUGAUUGGUGAGGGUGGGUUCAGCUCUGUUUAUAAAGGAGUCCUUGAUCAGGAUGAUACAUUGUUGCGGUCAAAGUUCUACAUCUUUAAAACCGAGAUGCUCACAAAAGCUUUACAGCAGAGUGUGAAGCAUGGCAGAGUGUUCAACACCGGAAUCUGUUGAAGAUAAUAACUUCAUGUUCAAGUCUUGACGUCCAAGGCAAUGACUUUAAAGCUUUGGUAUACGAGUUCAUGCCUAAUGGAAGUUUACGUGAUUGGUUGCAUUCAAGUGCAAGUAAAUCCAAACUCAACCUUCUUCAAAGACUAAAUAUUAUCAUCGAUGUUGCAUCUGUACUUGAUUAUCUCCACAAUCACUGCUUAUCGAUCAUCAUUCACUGUGACCUGAAGCCAAGCAACAUUCUGUUGGAUGAUGAUAUGGUGGCCCAUGUGGGAGACUUUGGUUUAGCUCGAUUUCUUGGAACAAAUUCAAACAAAAAAGGUAUAAGUGGCAUUAGAGGAACAAUUGAGUAUGCACCUCCAGAGUAUGGCAUUGGGAGUGAGAUGACAAGUAGUGGAGAUGUCUACAAUUUCAGAAUACUAUUGUUGGAGGUGAUGACAGGGAAAACGCCGACAGAUGGCAUCUUUAACAAAGGUCUUACCCUUCAUAAGUUUGCAGACGUGGCCUUGUCGGCCUAUGUAACCGAUGUUAUUGAUGAUGAUGAUCUUCUUAAGUUUCUUCAAGAGGAUGUUAUUGCUAGGAAAUAUACGUUAGCAAUGCAAAGAAAAUAGAGGAAUGCUUGUCUUCAACUGUUAAACUUGGAGUAUCAUGCUCCAUGGAGUCCCAUAAGUUGCAACAUAUUAUGAAUAUGCUUCAGUAAAUUUGAGGUGCCAUGUUAGUCAAUAUUUUGGUUGUUAAUCAUUAAAUAUGGAUGUAUUUAAUUUGAGUAUUUGAUGAAUCUUGGAUUUUGAUGGGUAUCAAAUGUAAAAUAAUUAGAAUUAAUUUAUAAAAUACG